AUGAGUUCUGUGAAAGUGGCCGUUAGGGUUCGACCCUUUAAUAAAAGGGAAUUGGACAAUAAGGCCGAAAACAUCAUUCAAAUGUCCGACAAAACCACCGCCAUCCAGAAUCCAAAAUGUCCCGACGACUUAAAAUCAUUUUCAUACGACUAUUCCUACAACUCCCAUGAUCCAAAAUCGUCUGACUUUGCCGACCAGGAAAAAGUUUACCGCGAUUUGGGAGACGAAAUGACCGCUCAUUCUUUCAACGGCUACAAUGUGUGCAUCUUUGCUUACGGCCAGACUGGCAGCGGAAAGAGUUACACAAUGAUGGGCACUCGCAGCGACCCGGGACUGAUUCCAAAACUGUGCAAUGAAUUGUUCACGCGGAUAACAAGUAAUGCUCAGUCAGUGAACUUCUCCGUCGAAGUAAGCUACAUGGAGAUUUAUUGCGAGCGCGUGCGGGAUUUGUUGAAUCCCAGCUCUGCGAAUAAAGCUCUUCGCGUGAGGGAGCAUCCGAUAAUGGGGCCCUACGUGGAAGGUCUGUCAAAACUCGCGGUCAAGGACUACACCGACGUCGCUCAAAUCAUGGACGAUGGCAAUAAAACUCGAACUGUCGCGGCGACGAAUAUGAACGCCACUUCUUCCCGCUCUCACGCCGUCUUCUCCCUCAUCUUCUCCCAGCGAUCUCCAGACGAUCCGAAGAAAAUCAACAAGGUUUCGAAAAUCUCUCUCGUCGAUUUGGCCGGAUCAGAGCGCGCCAACUCUACCGGCGCUUCCGGAACUCGACUGAAAGAGGGAGCAAAUAUCAAUCAGUCGCUGACCACUCUUGGCAAGGUCAUUUCCGCACUUGCUGAGGCGCCACCAGAUGUUCAAGGAUCGACGAAGCGGAGAAAGAAGGAGUUCGUCCCGUAUCGCGAUUCUGUCCUAACUUGGUUGCUGAAAGAAUCUCUCGGUGGAAAUUCAAAAACUGCCAUGAUUGCGGCGGUUUCUCCAGCAGACAUCAACUACGAAGAGACUUUAUCAACCCUUCGUUAUGCUGAUCGAGCAAAGAGAAUUCGCUGCCAUGCCGUAGUCAAUGAAGAUCCAAAUGCAAAACUUGUCCGAGAGCUGCGAGCGGAAGUGGAAAGAUUAAAAACUCUUCUUGUUCAGGCAAAUCCGGAAAUAAUGAAUCCACCUGAUGAAGAGGACCCCGCGCCAAAGAGUUCUAGAGCCGAAGCCAUGAUUGAAUCAGGCCCUGAUGGCGCAGAAGAUGAGCGAGAAAAGACCCUCCAAGAUCUGCAAGAAUCCGCGCCGAAGAAAUCAACGAGCCAAUUGGAGAUGUUUCUGGCUACUGAAAAGGCGGCAGAGCGUCGUGGCUCGGCGACACAAACGAGUCCCCAGGGAACAGGCGAGACGCAGGUUAAAAGUUCGCUGAGUUGUGCUGAGGAAGAAGGAACCACCUCGUCACCGGAUUUGGAGACUAUUAAAUCGAUCGCGGCGGGAAUCGAUACCAUUACUCUGGCAAAACGGUCUAGACAUGCUUCUGUCGUAGAUGGUUCAGAUGCUGAUCAGCAGGCUCAGACAAUCAAGGUCCUAAAGCAACUAGAAGAGUCGGAAAACUUGAUUAAUGAGCUGUCAGAGCCGUGGGAGGUCAAAUUGAAACGAUCGGAAGAAUUGAGGUCUCAGCGAAUGGCGAUAUUGAAAGAAAUGGGCGUCGCGCUUAGAGACGACACUAGUGUUUCCGGCGUCUUUUCACCUAAAAGCAUUCCUCAUCUAGUAAAUCUCAAUGAAGAUCCAUUCAUGUCCGAGUGUUUGUUGUACUAUCUCAAGGUCAAUGCAGUGACCUACGUUGGCACAGCUACCCUUCCUGCUGAUAUUGUUCUUUCCGGCACUGGAAUCACCUCCAGACAUGCUGUUUUUGAAUACGUUUUGAAAGACGGACAUGGUGAAGUUUUUCUGUCAAGUUGUCCGGAAGCGAAUACUUUCGUGAACGGGCGACUUUUGGAAGGUCGAAUGAAGCUAAAAACCGGCUCUAGAAUCAUUUUCGGCGCUGCUCACGUCUUUCGCUUCGUCCAUCCGACGGCGGAGAAUUGUGAUGAAAGCUUUGUCGAUGAUCUCCCGCCGGAUGAGCCCGAUAACCUGGCAGAAGUCGACUGGGAAUACGCGACGAAGGAAAUCAUGGAUCAAUGGGGAAUCGACCUGAAGGCGGAAAAGAUGGAGAUGCACAUGAAACUUCAAGAAGCACACAGUAAGCUUGAGGAAGAGCAGGAGCGCGCCGCCAUUGCACUAGAAAUUCAACGAGAAGAGUACGAGAAGAAAAUCAAAUCGCUUGAAUUUCAAGUGAACAUUGCCCUUUCUGAAGCUCGUGGAGUUCUUGGGUGGACGCCGAGGCAGAUAAGAUUGGCAAAGUACUCCUGGGACAAGUGGCGAAAAUAUCAGUUUACGUCGCUGAGGGAUCAGAUUUGGGGACACGCUGUUCUCAUCAAAGAGGCUAAUGCGAUUGCGGCGGAGUUGAAUAAACAAGUUGAAUUCCAGUUCUCGCUUUUACGUGAUGGACUCUACACGCCUAUUCCCAGUGACAUCACCACUCCGAAUCCAGGUCAAUCAGUUCUUGUGGUCGAAGUUCGCGACAAGUUACACGGAGCACUUCAUUACUGGAGCCUCGAAAAACUUCAGGUGCGACUUGACGGAAUGCGAAAAAUGUACGAACUCGCUUCUGAACCAAAUGCUGCGAACAAAGAGCCGAACUUUCCAACCAACUCUAGAAAAAGCUCCAUCGCAAGUGAUGUUAGCAUGCCAGUCACUCCUAAACGAGUUCUGGAACCAAUCGUAAAUCCAAUGCACCAGUUGCAUCCUGACGAUGGAUCCCUUGAACGACCACAGUGGCUGAGAUUGGUAGGAAGAUUGAAAUCAGCUUCGAUGAGCUGCUUGAGUGAAGCUGGAGGGCGGCUUAUGUCUCCGAGUUCUCCGAUCUCGCCCCAUGUACCAAUGUCACCACAAAUCGACAUGGCGAACAGUGCAACUGGAAUGGAAACUGCACUUUUCAGCCUCCUUUCAUCAUCAGAUGCUUUUUACGAUCGAACUCCGUGGUUCAACCCUAUUGGCCGAGGAUCUCAGCCCCUUUAUCACUUGAUUCCGUCGGUUCAGGAUCAAGAAGAAAUGGUCAGCUUCCAACAUCGAGUCCGUAUAAUUUCUGGUCAUGGGGAGCUCAAGGGUGCCGUGUUGAUUAAAACCGAGAGUUUGCCAAAAGCUGAAAUCGCCAACGUCGGCUGCAUAAUUCUCCUUGGUGACGAGGCUCUUUCCGAUGAUGGAGCAGAAUGGUCUCCAGAUAAUGGCUCAACUUUCAGCGGAGAGGAAGAGCUGAAAUUUCCGAUCGGUGAGCGGGUGAUUGAAGGCUGCAGUUCUCCGGAAGGCCAAGCAGCGCUCUAUGAAGAAGAUGACGACAACACUACAGUUUGGGGGCUCCGAUUGACGAUUGAAACGCUCGAUUUGUUACAAGAGGAGUAUUCUGAUGCUUUCUGUCAGUUUACCAUUUUCGGCCGAUGCGAAGAAAGCUGGUCUACGGAACCAAUACCAAUAACAGCUGGUUCUGCAACUGCAAACGCGACCUGGGAACUGGCAGUGCGCGCUGGUUCGGAUCUUAUUCGAGCUCUUCGAACAACUUCCAUCGUUCUUGAAGUCUUUGGGCACUCCAGCGGAUCGUCCAUUCCGCCAUUCCCGCAUAGAUUUACAGAUCCGGAUCCUGCAAUCUCAUUUUUACCCGCUUUCUCGAAGCCAGUUCCUGUUAGCUCUCUUUAUGGCCCGGGAGGGAUCAAUCAAGGUGGUCAAACUCACAGCCGACACGAUAUUCUUGCUUGGUUCGAGCUUUUGGAGCUGGACGUAUCUGGCGAUUACAAAGCAGUCCCAGUUGAACAUGGUCCAGAACGAUCCAGAGGAAUGUUUUUGCUCCACCAUGGUGUUCAAAGAAAAGUGGCACUGACAAUCACUCACGAAUCCUCCGCGCAUCUUCGCUGGGCAGAAGUUUGCGAGGUCGUUGUUGGUCGAGUUCGAGCCAGGGAAGAUGGACAAAGUGGAAUGGGCGACAUGCCUCUUUCGCUUCCUGUGACGACUAGUAUGUGCUCUCAAUUUGGUGGUGAUCGAACUUGCUACAGGAAUGGAAAAAGGGUCGAGGCUGUUUGGGACUCGUCGUUACAUAAUUCGGAUUUGUUGAAUCGACCUGGUGGACAGAUUUGGCUCACGAUCUCCGCCUAUGUCGAUCUUCAACAGUGCACUCAGCCUGUCUGUAUUUCCCGCGAUGUCUGUGUUCAAGUUUUCCCACGUGACGCGCGACUUGGACAAUGCAGAUCGCUACGCCAGCUUCUGUCGCCUAGAAAUGGCAUCCCUGCUCCAAGUACAGACGCAAAUCGAAUCUCGAGCAUCUUCGAAAUUUCCCUCCGUUACCAAAAUCUAUCUCCUCGCUCCUCAAGACCCAUUCUUGACACAGCGAGUCAGUAUGUCAAGGGCGAGGAAUAUUUAACGAGUUGGCGGCCGAAAUGGGACGGGCUCAUUUUGGAACAUCAGAAUCUUUUGAGAAGGCUUCAGCAUUUACAGGACUUGGAGAAGAUCAGACACUGGCUACAUGCGAAUGAUGUGGAUUAUCCGGUUUCGCAGCGGGGGAUGUUUGGGCCUACCUGUCAACCCGGAACAUUUGAACCCUUCCAAGCCGACCAAGAACUCGACGAAGACAGCUACACCCGAGAAGAAACCGCCACACUGAAGAAAGCCCUCGGAUUAAUGUUCCACAAGUUCCCAUCUGUCUUCGUCCAGAACUCGUAUUUCGCGACGUCUAGCAAUUGCCAAUCGAAUGGAGGUAAAGACGGAGAUUCAGGUCUGGCAAGCGUCGACUCGUUGCUGUCGAAUUCGCCUAGUCUGUCCUCGAUGAGAUCGCGAGCGUCGGAUUUUACUUCAAUGUCUUGUCUUACUAUUCCGCUUGAUGAGCCCUUGGAUCCUCCUCUGAGCUCUCCAGGAGUCGGCCCAAGCACUUCCUCAAACAACGUCUCAAACCAAACUCGCCAGAUGAUCCCCUGCGUCGAAUCCGUGGUCAUGAAUCCCGUCAUCUCGCGGCGCGGCUAUCUCCUCGUCCUGGAACAGGGCUCCUCGCACUGGACACGGCGAUUUGUCGUUGUCAGAAGGCCGUACUUGUUGUUCUACCGAUCGGCACGUGACCCUGUCGAACGAUCAGUCAUUAAUUUAUCUACCGCCGUGGUCGAGUACUCAGCCGAUAAACAGGACGUUUUCCGAACGCCGUAUAUUUUUGCUGUUUCGACUCAAGCUAGGGCUCUUUUAUUGGCAGCAGGGUCAGAAGCUGAGGCUAAUGGAUGGUUGUAUGCUUUUAAUCCACUUCUAGCUGCAAGUAAAAAAUACUACGAAAUGGGCCACUCGUCAAGACUUGCUGAAAAGUGA